GAGUAUAUCCCAGAAAGUGAUUUACUAGAUCAAGAGUUUAUGCUGAAAGGACAGUGGUUUCAAAGAAAAGACCUGGAGAUUACUAACAGCCGAGGAAACGUGCUUCAAUGUAGUCAUUACAUGCCUGUUAUUGUCCCUGAAGGAAAGACACUUCCCUGUGUUAUAUACUGUCAUGGAAAUAGUGGAUGCAGAGCAGAUGCCAGUGAAGCUGCUCUAAUUUUGCUGCCUUCAUACAUAACAGUUUUCGCCCUUGACUUUUCUGGAUCUGGGCUCUCAGAAGGAGAACAUGUUACUUUGGGAUGGAAUGAGAAGGAUGAUCUGAAGGCUGUGGUUGAUUAUUUGCGAUCAGAUGGUAAUGUGUCUUGCAUUGGUUUGUGGGGCCGUUCAAUGGGAGCUGUGACCAGCUUGAUAUAUGGAGCUGAAGAUCCAUCGAUUGCAGGAAUGGUUCUUGAUAGUCCAUUUUCUGAUUUGGUUGAAUUGAUGAUGGAACUUGCGGAUAGAUACAAAUUCCGUAUGCCGAAGUUCACAGUGAAGUUUGCAAUUCAAUACAUGCGUAAGGUUAUCCAGAAAAGAGCGAAGUUUGACAUAAUGGACCUGAACACCAUUAAGGUUGCAAAGUCUUGCUUCGUGCCGGUUUUACUUGGUCAUGCCAUCGAUGAUGAUUUUAUUCUCCCUCAUCACUCUGAUCAGAUAUAUGAGGCUUAUGUGGGAGACAAAAAUAUCAUCAAAUUCGAGGGAGAUCACAAUUCCCCACGCCCUCAAUUCUAUUUUGAUUCUAUAACUAUCUUCUUUCAUAAUGUGUUGCAACCUCCAAAGGAAGCACUUGAGAGAAAUUAUUUUGGGACCAUGCACGAUUACGUUGGCAAGGGUUGUUGGAAUGCAAUGUAUGAAGACCUUAGUUUUUCGGAAACUUCAGAAUCAGUAGCAAAAAGCACAGAAGAUGCCAUUAAACAACUUCGUGCCUUAAGACCCAUGAGUCGGACAGAGGUCCCUUCUGAUAUUCCCUCCGAAGAAAAACAAUCUGGAGAGAAAGAAGGAAAUGAAAAGGAGUCUGCAUCAUCUUCUGGACUGAUUAGCUUCGAAUUCUCCAAUGGCGAUCUCUAUGGUCCACAUGUCCCUACCACGGUUGGUGAUGAUGAUGAUGAUGAUGAAUAUGUGGAGUACCCACUCGACAAUACAGCAUAUUUCCCAUGCAACAUUGAGGAGGAAGAAAGGAUGUUCAUGGCAGCAGUUAUAGAGUCUUUAAGAGACAUGGAGAUCAGACAUCCUCAUGAGGAGCAGCAGGUAUCCAAUGUCAGUACCAGUUCACCUGAAUCUUCACAGAAGGAAGACCCUGUAACUUCUUCCAUCGCAGAACACUCAAGGCUCUCAAAGACGGAUAACGGUCCCAUUUCAGCAACAGCCACUCAGGACUUGGUCUGUCAAAGCCCUUCACCAGAUGCAAAUGAGCCCACAGUGGAAAACAUGGGGACUUCUACUACAAGGGACAUGCCAUUGAGUGAUAACAGGUCAUCUACAAGUGACUCCUCAAAAAAAGAUGUGGACAUUUCAGGUGGGACACGGGCCACCUUGACGGUCGAGAAGAACUCAACCAACAGUAUUGUAGAUGGAUUGACACAGCGGUGGGGUUUCAACUUCUUUAGGAACAAUUGAAACAGUUACUGUGAUGUAUGAAAUGUGAAGAUGGGAUUAACUGUUUUUAUUUAGGGUAUAUAGCAAAGAAAAUUACGUACAGUAAGGGGGGAAAAAGAAAAAAAAGAAAAGAAAAUUAUAUUGUGAUGUGUGCAGUCUGUGGAAAUCAUAUUUCUUUGUAUUAAUGAUUCAGUUCUCUUCCCCCUCCCCCUUUUCCCACAUUCCAUUCUUGGCUCUAAAUCGAUGAGUUAUCU